CGUCAACAAGAACAAUUUUCACGAUAGCGUUUUUAUUGUUGUUAUUUAGACGUUUAUAAACACACUGGAACUUAAAAUAUGACUAAUUUAACUGCACAGCAUCACACACUUACCACAUGUAGUGUUUAAUUCGCGUUGGAGACAGGAUUUGGUUCAUAGAUUAAAAAAUAUAUAAAAAAAUAGAUGUUUUCUAGGUAACGCUAGCUGCUAACGUUAGCUAACAAUGGCUAACUGUAUGGUGUUUCACACUCAAAUUGCCUCCAUUAUGGAGGUACUAGCGAAUGCAGCUGUGGCUGAGAUAUGUAAACUCGUAGAUGACGACUAUGCAGUGUUUCGUUUGGAAAUAACUCAAAGCCAGAAAGAAAACAUGGCAUUGCGGAGGAAACUACUGGAACUGAAGGUGGCACGGGAGCGCGCAGAGAGGACAGCGCGAGAGCGCGUCCUCGCCAGUCGUCCCAGUAGUAUCAAGAUCCUCGACCGAUACAGAGGAAUGGCAAGAGGUGAAGGAUAUCACACUGGAGGCAACAGGAGCUUUGUGAAGCCAGCAGGACACAACACAUGGAGAGAUGACCAACCAAUCACUGUUGAUGAGAGAAGUGGAACCUCAACCCAGAACGUUAUCGUGAUAGAGUCUGCAGAUCCAGAGGCUGUAGGUCCUGGGGUCAAACAGGAGAGGUCUGGAGAAGAGGAACCCCCACGACACAGCAGAGACAUACAGACUGGAGCAGCAUGUGGAGCGCCCUCUGUAGCAACGGAGGACACCAUUACCACCCCAGCGCAGCCCAGGACCCGACAUAGCAUCACGGAGGUCAGUGGAACGCAGAACGCCGUCCUCAAGUCAGAGACCGACACAGAGACUAUAACUGUAACACACAGGUUCUUACACACAGGAUCUGACCACAGAUCAGACCCAGAGAGACUAGGGCUACUGGGCUGUCCUCCUGCUCCCGGCUCAGAAUAUUUACCGGUAUUUCACCAGAGCCAGAGGACGGUUAAUUCCCGUGGGGAUGUUGAUGGUGACGCAUUAGACACCGGCAGUGAUGAUCCAUCUUGUUCUUACACUACAGAGAUGGAUCCUGGCAAAAUGCCCUUGGGUUUAGAGACACAGACUGAUCUGUCUAGAGAGGACUGGAACCGGUACAGUAGUAGUGUAUACUCUAAAGGGUGCCUAGAUAAGAAAGGGGAGGUUAUAGUGGUAGAUGAGGUGAAAGUGGAGGGCGAUGCUCCUCCCACAUGGAAUACAGAUAGUCACCUAAGAGACGGACACUCACAGGGCAGAGAUUUCUUAAAUUACAGGGGAAGCUUAGAGACAAAUCUAAAUGUCGCCACCCACUCCUCUUUAGAUGCGUUCAGGGGUCGUGACCCAGUGUUCACGUCGAUGGCACCUUCCGAUUCACACGGCCAGAUCCUUUUCGAUCAGGUAUUGAACUCAAACGACAGGGCUAGAGCCCAGGUUCAGGGAGAAGGAGCCACAUCAGGCAAUACUAAAGAGAAACGAUUCCUCUGCAUGUUCUGUAACAAAGGCUUCAGCUGCCCCCAGAAGGUGGAGAGGCACCAGAGGGUCCACACAGGGGAGAAACCCUUCAGCUGUACCCAGUGUGAGAAGAGGUUCUCCCGCCAGGACAACCUAAAGAUGCACCAGAGGGUCCACACAGGGGAGAAACCAUUCAGCUGUACCCAGUGUCACAUGCGCUUCGCCCUGGCUGGCAACCUGAAGAUGCACCUGAAGGUCCACACGGGAGAACGGCCGUUCGCCUGUACGCACUGCGGGAAGAGGUUCUCUGAGAGGAGAUACCUCAGGAUACACCAGCAGAAAAACCAUGCCACUCUAUGAUAUAGAAAGUAACCGUUCCAUUCGAUAGAUUGACAUUUAGAUCAAACCCUGCAAUAAAGACAAAGAUUAAUGAAUUGCCAGCAGAAAAGAUCCACCGAUUACUUUUGACUUACCAUAGCUGACUCUUAUUUACCCACAACAUAAUUUAUGUCCAACAUGAUGGGUUUAGCAACAAUUAAGCUAAUCAGUAACUACAGUAUAGGACGCAAACGAUGUGGGGAUAGGUAAGCUCUCCAUGUUGAUAGUGUGUUUAUUACCUGGGUGUGCAUCUAUGUCUGUGUAAUCUGUAUCACCUCUCUCUUCCAAGAGGAGGGUCCAGAUAAAUAAUUCAUAUUUUACACUAGAUGACUGAUAAGGGCUGCUGUUUUGAAACCGCGCCUUCAUUUGGCACUCCCCCACCCUUGUAAAAGAUAUUUGGGAAGCUACCCAAAUGCAUUUAUUAAUGUCUAUAUUUGUUUUUGCCCUGUUUAUUAUUACAGACACCUUAUUGCAUACUUUUAAAUUAUAUUAUGUGAGUUAAACAAACAUUUAAAAAGGAAAAUUAAAAACAUUUUCCUUAAGUAUUAUUAUUUUUAAAGCUUCUAAUAUUUCCGUCCUUACUACAACAACAAAAAAUACUUGAAGCUGCAACCCAACCAAAUUCACAUAGAAAUGUGAGUUAUAGAUCUGUCAUUCUCAUUGAAAUCAAGUCUAAGAAGCAAUAGUUUUUGCGUCUUUUACUUGAAGUUCCUUACACCAGCUUCAAACAACUGACAAUACAAUAAGUUUGGUUUUGGAAAAUAUAUUUCACAGCAGUUUAGAUAGUAUAGUGUAGAGAAUCAUUCUACCGACUUGUUUUAUCACAAACUGAAAUUAGGUGAACUAUUAGAAAUUUAAAAAAACACGAAAUGGCGGAGCGAUUUCUGCAAAGUACAGCUUUAAAUACAUGUAAUUUUGUCCAUGAAACAUUUAAUUGAAAUACUGUAGAAUUCCAUUAAUUCCUAUGGAGGACUGUGGCUUCUGGGGAGUGCCAAUAUGGCCGACUGGUGGCUUUGAAGCCUCUCACUGGCCAAUAGGUCGUUAUCAAUAAAAUAUCCCAAUAAGAUGCAGUGUUCGAUUUGCCUGUUGGGGGGCAAGGAGACCCUAGCUCCUCUAAAGCCAUUGACAACUGCGUGCCGUUUAAGGGAUUGUAAAAUAAAGGUUAACUAUUUGGAUGUAAUAUCAUCACCUCUUGAAGAGCAUUGUCAGAACUACAAAUGUCCAUGCAAAAGAAUUGCGCACAUUUAGCUAUAUCAUCAGAGUUAUACAGCAAGUAACUACAUGCUUUUAAUGAUCAGAAAACAUCAAUUGAUCAUGUAAUUUCAGAUAUGCGAGGGUAGCCCACGAUAUCUCUCAAUAGGGGCCACUUUUAAUUGGAUAAUUGAGUGAUAUAAAAGUUAAUUAUAUCUGACAAGUAUGAGUGGUUUGGUUCAUUUCCCAUUGUUUGUGGGCUCUGCCUGUCAAGCAGCAGAAGGGCACAUUUACCGAUGUAAUGUUAGCUGAUAAUGUUUACUUUGCAAGUUAGAAACUUUGUACAGUUGGCUGAACAUAGUGGUAAGUUGACCUAAUGUACAUUUUUCUCCAACCAACAUAGGCCUACCUAGUUAAGUUAGCUAACAUUAUCCCCUUUUCAACAUUGUUUUUCAGUGUGUGUAAUCACGAUUGCUGCUGACAGACAUGAUAGGCUACAUUGAUUGAUGGACCAUGUCAAAUUGGCUAGUUAGCUAAUAACAGAUCACAUCAAUAUGGCUGGUUAACAAACUAACUUUUAGGGGAUAAACUAGAUGGCUAUAUCCAAAUAUUGUUUCAUUUGCAUGCCAUCUAUAGUGAUGAUGACAGUAGUCCGACUGACACCUUUUUCAAGACGAGGACUUGCCGAUGUCGAGCCUAAUCUCCUGAUACAGCAAGCUAAAUUACGCAUGUUGUUUGCUUAGCUAGCUAGCUAGCUACAUGCCAAAUGGAUAGGCUACCAUCGCUUAUCUGACAAUACAGUGCCUUCAGGAAGUAUUCAUACCUCUUGACUUAUUCCACAUUUUGUUGUGUUCCAACCUGAUUUCAAAAGGGAUUACCCCAUAAUGACAAAGUGAAAACAUGUUUUUUUGAAAACAUUUCUAAUGUAUUGAAAAUGAAAAAGAUAAAUAUCACAUUUACAUAACUAUUCAAACCCCUAAGCCAAUACAUUUUAGAAUCAUCUUUGGCAGCGGUACGUAUCUAAGAGCUUUGCACACCUGGAUUGUACAAUAUUUGCACAUUCUUCUUAGAAUUCUUCAAGUUCUGUCAAGUUGGUUGUUGGCCAUCAGGUCUUGUCAAAGAUUUUCAAGUCAAUUUAACUCACAACUGUUACUAGGCCACUCAGGAACAUUCAAUGUCAUCUUGGUAAGCAACUCCAGUGUAGAUUUGGCCUUGUGUUUUAGGUUAUUGUCCUGCUGAAAGAAUAAUUUGUUUCCCCGUGUCUGUUGGAAAGCAGACUGAACCUGGUUUUCCUCUAGGAUUUUGCCUGUGCUUAGCUCAAUUCUGUUUCUUUUUAUCCUAAAAACUCCCUAGUCCUUGCCAAUGACAAGCAUACCCAUAACAUGAUGCAGCCACCACCAUGCUUGAAAAUCUGAUGAGUGGUACUCAGUGAUGUGUUGUGUUAGAUUUACCCCAGGACAUAAAGUUAAUUUCUUUGCCACAUUUUUUGCAGUUUUACUUUAGUGCAAACAUGAAUGCUUUUCACUCUGUCGUUUAGGGUAGUAUUGUGGAGUAACUACAAUGUUGUUGAUCCAUCCUCAGUCUUCUAUCACAGCCAUUAAACUCUGUUUUAAAGUCACCAUUAGCUUCAUGGUGAAAUCCCUGAGUGGUUUCCUUCGUCUCCGGCAACUGAGUUAGGAAGGAUGCCUGUAUUUUGUAGUGACUGGGUGUAUUGAUAUACCAUCCAAAGUGUAAUUAAUAACUUGACCAUGCACAAUGGGAUAUUCAUUGUCUGAUUUUUCACCAUCUACAAAUAGGUGUCCUUCUUUGCGAGGUAUUGGAAAACCUCCCUGGUCUUUAUGGUUAAAUCUGUGUUUGAAAUGCACUGCUCGACUGAGGGACCUUACAGAUAAUUGUAUGCCUGGGGUACAGAGAUGAGGUAGUCAUUCAAAAACCAUGCUAAACACUUAUUGCACACAUAUUGACAAAGGGGUUGACUUAAGACAUUUAAAUUUUUCAUUUUUAAUGAAUUUGCUAAAAUGUCUAAAAACAUAAUUCCAUUUUGACAUUAUGGGGUAGUGUGUGUUGGCCAGUGACAUAAAAUCUAAAUUUAAUAUAUUUUAAGUGCAGGCUGUAACACAACAAAAUUUUGAAAAAGUCAAGGCUCUUGCUUACCCAGAAACACUCACAGCUGUAAUCACUGCCAAAGGUGAUUCUAACAUGUAUUGACUCAGGGAUGUGAAUGCUUACAUAAAUUAGUUCUUUCUGUAUUUCAUUUGAAAUAAAUAUGCAAACCUUUCUAAAAACAUGUUUUCACUUUGUCAUUAAGGUGUGUUGAUGGGUGAGAAAUCUAUUUAAUCAAGUUGGAAUUCAGGCUGGAACACAUGUGGAACACAUCAUUGGUCCAGAGGUGCUGCUGGUGAAGGAGGGAUGUGAGGAGGGUCUGGGGAACCCUGAGGGGAAUAUGGUCAUGGAGGCCAAACAGGCUACACCUCCUCCUCAAGCCACAGAGGAAGCAGCUGAGCAGCACAGGACCACACACAGUCUCACUGAGGUGAGCCUACUGUGAACUACUGUCUGAAUGGUAUUAGGUCAGGGCUAGUAUCUACAAAGUGUCUGAGAGUAGGAGUGCUGAUCUAGGAUGAGUUUUCCUUUUAGAUCAUAAUGAACACGAUUAUUUGGAAAGAUCCUACUCUUUGUGGAUACGGGCCCAGGUCUUGAUUAAUUUUGUCUUAAGUGUGGGACCAUGCCUUUGGACUAUCAAACCAUUAAAGGGAUAGUUGGGGAUUUGGGCAAAAAAUUGUAUCUACUCCCCAGAGUCAGAACUCGUGGAUACCAUUUUUACAUCUGAGUUCAGUAUGCAGGACGUUAGAGGUAAUUUCGGGAGGCAGUGCUAACUAGCUUAGCGCAAGGACUGGAAGUCUUUGUGUACAGCUAGUGUGCUGUGUUUUCUCCCACCCGUCCAACCUGAAGAGGCACGAGAGUCCACACAGGGGAGAAAUCCUACAUCUACCCCUAGUUUGAGAAGAGGUUCUCCCACCAGCACCAGCCGAAGAGGCACCUGAAGAUCCACAUGGAAGAGACAUCAUUUGCCUGUACGCAUUGUGGGAAGAGAUUCUCAGAGAGGAGCUACACCAGCAGAAAAUGCACACUGCCCAUGUAUAGAGUAUCGUGACAUGUAAUGUAGUCUUAGUGAGUUAGUUAGUAAUUAAUUCUGUUGGUUUUGGAUGUAGUAGGGAACUGGAUGAGGUGAACUGAGGAGGGAAUGAGUAUGAUGAGGCAGAGUAGAUGAUAUGGUGAUGGUUGGUGUGACUGUGUCUGCUUCACUGAUGAAGAGUGACAACUAUGUCCCUUGAGGUUGAUGCUGGUGUUUUAUAGUGAGAUAAUGAUAAUGCCUUACUUCAUCUUUACUAGACAGGAAUUAGUAAAGCUGUGUGUAAUGUAAUGUUGAACAUUUUCCAAAGUAUUCUAAAAUUCAUUGAUCAAAGAGAGGGUUCCAGAUUUACAGAAGUGGUCAAGUGAUACCAUAGUGAGUAAUAUUAUUCUACUUGUCACAUGUAUCUUUUUGUCCAAUAAAAGUACUGUACUACAA